AUGCAGGAUUUGGGUGAGCCUGAGUGCUACUACUUUGAGGAGUAUGAGGCUCCAAGGAUGAACCCCUCUGUUGUGGCUGCCCACAAGAGGAUUGGACUUCUCCAAAGUUCAACAAGUGGCAAGGGAAAGCCAUGGAAAGAUGCAAAAGUCCAUGGACAAGAUGGUGAGCAAGAUCAAAAGUUUGGAGAAGAAGGUUUCUGGUUCUUCAAGCAAGAAGAAGAAGUCCAAGGCCCACUUUCCCUAGGAGUAGGUCACUCCUCACCACUCCAAAGGAGGCUCUCCCAAGAGCCUCACAGAGCCUCUUCUUUCGAGCCAAGGGAAGGAGAAGACAACACGCAGAGAAGGAGGAAGAGCUCCAAGGCCAGACGCUCCAGCUCGACCACCGGACUCGAUCGAGUCCAAACAGAGGAAACUCAACUCGAUCGAGCUGAGGGUCGAGUUGACCUGGAGGAGCCCCUGUUUGAGAACCGGAUUCGAGUACGAUCAACCAGUACCAGGACUUCUCUCAGACCUGGACUCCCUACAACCGCUUCGAGCAAGCACAGCUCCACCAAGGCCAAGGAAGCCACACACUUUGAAGAUGAAGAAGAGGAGGAAGAGGAGCCACAAGCUCGAUCGAGUGAGCCGAACCCAGUUCGAGUGGAGCUCCUGAUGGCCGUCUACCAUCUCCAGACCACGACCUAG